AUGGCUCGGGUAGAAAAGAGAUGCGAUGGCUGCUGGACGUGUCGACUCCGCCGCAAAAAAUGCGAUGAAACACGGCCUGAAUGUGCCAAUUGUAGUGAUUUGCAAAUUACCUGCCACUACGGGCGGAAACCCAAAUGGCUCGAUGGCGGUAAGAAGCAAGAGGCCAUGACUGCGCAGAUCAAAUCUCAGAUCAAGGAGCGCGCUGGUUAUCGUCGAGAGAGGCGUCAUGCUUCGGCAGGAGUCGCAAGAUUUGCAAAAACAGCACAAGCCAGAGAUGAUCUCAAUUUCAUCAACCUUGUUCCAAAAGGGGACUUUGCUGGCGGUGGAUUGAACUCCCACAUUGAUGCGACGAAUGAGACGACUCGUCAAGGCGCUGCAGCGGAUUUGAGCAAACGCAAAAUAUGCGAUGCCGCACCAGGACUCAGCCUUACAACCAAAUUUGAUGGACCCGGACCUGAUCCCGAUAUGAUGUUCUACGGAGAAGACUAUGACAUGGACUUUCUCAUGAAGUACCUGGAUAAUGUAUUCCCGCUGAUCUUUCCAUUCUACCAAACUCCUCUCCUUGGCCCUGGGCGUGGCUGGAUCUUCUCGUUUCUCUCGCAGAGCAAGGUCGCUUUCCAUUCAGUCUUGGGCAUCAGCUCUUAUUUUUUCACAGUUGCGUUAAGCGAAACAUACUCUGCAGAAGAGCAUAAACAGUGCAAGGCUGUAGUCUGGUCUCGGCUCGUACGACAGGCGGAUAUGUGCUUCAAUAUGCUGCAACAGGAUAUACAGGAGCUGAAUGCUCAGGGCGAGAAAGCGAAUCUAUUGGAUAAAGUGCGCGUCAUGGAGAGCAUUGUCCAGUUUCUUACUUUUGAGGUAGCGUUGGGUAGGUCAGCGAACUGGAGCAACCAUCUCUCGCCGACUAUUGCUCUCUUUCUAGACAUACUACAUAAUCACACCGACAAAACUGCUGCAUCCAUGCUAUUCGACAUUUUGAAUAACAUCAAACAACGCCCGCUAUAUGCCAUUCAAGAAGGCUAUUAUGUCUGGGACAAUCGACAGGAAUGUUUUCGGUUCUUUACUGGCCUUCUUCUUUUCAUUGACGUUGUGGCGAGCACCUCCCUUGAGCGACCACCACAACUACUCGAACUUCAUCCACAGCUUCUCUUUGAUGGAGAUGAUGGAACUUAUGGCAAGGGUGAGGCUACUAUCCGGCUAUCGAACCUUAUCGGCUGCCGAAAUUGGACCAUACGUGUAAUUGCAGACAUAUCAGCAUUGGAUGCCUGGAAAAAGGAGAACAUGAGAAAGGGCGUCGACUACAAGACAGAGUUAAUUGAUCGCGCCAGCCACAUUACCCGAAUGCUUGAGGACGGCGGUUCACAGAUAGACGGCGAUGCAAACUCUACGAAAAUUUGGAGCUACUCAGCCAGAAUCUACCUUGCCGUCGUCAUAUCCGGCUGGAUGCCAUUAAUGCCAGAGGUGCGAUCCAACGUAGCGCAUGCACUUCAGCUGUUAAACACAAUGACUGGAUCUUCUCAGCUGCGGGCGUUGGCCUGGCCGCUCUGCGUGAUUGGCUGUAUGGCUGAGCAAACACAGGAACAAGCCUUUCGAGAUAUUUUCGCCGGGUUAGAUAAACCAACGCUGAUUGGGACGUUGGAUGAAGCAUUGCGCGUCAUGGAGAGUGUAUGGCAGAUUCGAGGAUCCAUGAACAGUGAAGCGUGGGACGUACAAGCAUGCUUGAACAUUCUUGGUACGCCAGCUUUAUUAAUUUAG